CUUCAACUUUCCGGAUACUGAACGUGGGGCUGUGCAGAUCUUGCUGCUAACGGCUCAAGUCAUAACCAAAUCAAGUCAAAGCGUAGCGGAGACUUACGAUGACCAAGGUGCCGCGUGCUGUCGUGAACUUCCUGUCCGACACCGUCACGUGCCCCACCGUCGGCAUGCGCCAGGUGAUCGCGGCUGCUGAGGUGGGCGACGACGUGUUCGGCGCAGAUCCGUCCGUGAAGCGGCUCGAGAAGGUGGCGGCCGAGCGACUGGGCAAGCCUGCUGCGCUCUACGUGCCCUCUGGCACCAUGUCGAACCUCAUCGCUAUUGGCACGCACUGCCGCCGGGGGGAUGAGGUUAUCUGCGGUGACAAAGCCCACAUCUUCCUCUACGAAGGCGGUGGAGCCAGCGGUACAGCAAACCACGACUACUACACUACAAUGUAGCUGACUGAGGUUUUCUUGUUCUCUGCAGCGUACAUGGGAGUGAGUCUACACACCGUACCCAACCAGCCGGACGGGACCCUCGACAUUAAGGACAUUCACAACGCCGUCCGAGACGACGACCCGCACUACCCGCGCACGAGACUCGUAGAGAUCGAGAACACGCAGAACACCUGUGGAGGACGGGUACUACCUUUGUCCUACAUUCGCGAGGUCGAGCAGUUCUGUCAGGAGCGUGACCUUCGCCUGCACGUCGAUGGAGCUCGACUGGCCAACGCCAGCGUGGCGUCCGGCAUCCCCAUGGACGAACUGGCACGUGGUGCCGAUUCGGUCUCACUCUGUCUGAGCAAAGGUUUGGGCGCUCCGGUCGGCUCCAUCCUUGCCGGAUCAGAAGAGUUCAUCCAUCACGCCAGGAGGCUUCGCAAGUCUCUGGGCGGUGGCAUGCGCCAAGCCGGUAUCAUCGCAUCGGCAGGGCUGUACGCGCUUGAGAACCAGUUCGACCGUCUCGAAGAAGACCAUGUGAAUGCGCAGGCUCUCGCGCACGGCAUCUCUAGCAUUCCGGGCGUCGAAAUUGACCCAAGCACAGUGGAUACGAACAUUGUCUUCUUUACAUUGACCAAGGACGCCAAGCUGGACGCGACGACGCUCGUGCAGAAAUUGGGAUCCGAGAAGGGGGUGCUCGUUGGGGCCUACGCCGACGGCAACCGCGUGCGAGCCGUGACCAACCUGCACAUAUCUGCGGAAGAUGUUGAGUACACCGUAUCGUCGGUCCGCGCGCUGUUGAACUGAGAUCGUGGGGGACUUCACUGCGUUGUUUGGUUAUCGAAGAGAGAAGUGCAUUUCAGGUGCAUGAAGGAAGUUGUUGCAGCCGGAGGGAUGGCUGUGCACGUGCUGAUGAAGAUUCGUGGCCACGACCGGAAAGUUUUGGCUAACAAAGAUCCUAAAGUUGAAGCAUGAAUGUGGGGAGUAAUUGUCAGAGUUUCAUCAGGAGAUGUAUGCGAAGGAACAGCGCUGGUUAUGGAUGUUGACGAACUUGUAUUUGGUGACAAACUUGCACAUGUGGAUUGAUGACGAUAACACCUUCAUGAAUCAUAUGAGCGCAGACUUUAAGACAGAAUCAUGCACUAGUUGAAUGGCAUCACCUUCAGGAUGAAUACAAGAGGCGGAAACAAGAAGAGCGCCGACGUUGCAACCGUGCCACGCAACUCGCCUCUGGAAAAACGUGAAUUACAUCAAACAGGCCUCAGGUUGUGGUGGAGCAGGUCAUUCCCGAUUUUAACAAGCUGGUCGAAGUUCUUCGAUGUAACCUUGACAGUGGCGUUUGAUCGUUUCCAGCUUCAGGUUUCUCUGCUGUGUGCACCGAAACGGAAUUCCUGUGGGAUUUAUUGGCGGUGAGUCUAGUGGGCCAGCAAAUAAAACGUAUGCUUUGACAUUGCA